AGCUCGGCUCCAGACGGCCCGCGCCUGACUGAAUGGAGCUGGAGAAUGGCAGCAGAAUAACGAUCCGCGUCUCUUCUCGUGUUACUGUAGCUCUGUGCUGUGUCCAUACCGAUCAGCGACACGCGAGCUGACUCUCUCCGCUUUCGUUUUUUCUUUUUCUUCCUCUAAUUUUUUCUUCAUCAUCUUCUUGCAUUUUAAUUAUUAUUAUUAUUAUUAUUAUAUAUUUUUUUGCAACAUUUCACUUGAAUGAGAAGAUGAAGGCUACCAUUCCGCCUCGCGCCCGGAGGGACUCGUGCAGCUGCGCUGAACUCUCGGCCGAGCCGGAUCUGUGCUGCCUGCAACACGACAUGAAUGACUGCUACAGCCGGCUGAAGCGCCUCGUGCCCACCAUCCCUCAGCACCGGCGCGUGAGCCGCGUGGAGAUCCUGCAGCACGUCAUCGACUACAUCCUGGACCUGCAGCUGGCGCUCGAGCGCACCGAGCACAGCAGCGAGCACAGCGGGACGUGGCCGCGGAGCUCCAUGCGCACCCCGCUCUCCGUCCUCAACACCGAGCAGAGGACACCAGUAGUCAACAAGCAGGAGGACACGAUCCUGUGCCGCUGAAAUGCAGCAUAAAGCAGUGUCAGUCUGCAACAUGCCGUUCACACACCCCCUCUAUUCAUUCGCUUCUCACAGGUGUGCAGUGAGCCCAUCCAAAGCCAAGCCAAGCUUUGGCAGCGAAUCCGACACACACCAGGCCCAACGUGGGAUUGCAAAGCAGUUCUGAAACUAAUGGCUUCUAAACCAUAAUUUAUAAACAUUUCAGUGUUAACUGUCAGUAAUGGCUGAGGCAGCCAGUGUUCUUCUUUCUCUGUUCAUGCUAUUUUCUGUCAGAGAAGGAAAUGCUGAAUUUGGAUAAAGAUAAAGUAUUUCUUUCUCUCUCUCUCUCUCUCUCUCUCUCUCUUUCUCAUAUUUCCUCAGUGGUAAGAUUGACCAUACCAGGAAAUGGCUUGUCUAAUUUUUACUAAGAAACGUCACACUGUAAAGCUUUACAGUACUUUGAAAGUAACAUUGAAAGUUAAAAUAUUGACAUCUAUUGUUAAAAAUAGAUGAUUUCUUUUAAACAGGGAUUUCUCUGCAAUUGAAUUGUUUAAUAUUGUAAAGAAAGGAAAUACACGUUGAAAAAUAAUCCUGUAUAUAAAAAUAGGCUGUUCUAUAAUUGUAUGUGUAAGAGACUAUCUAUAUGCUAUUGUAAUUAUAAGAUAUUUUUAUUGAAAAGUUUUGUUUUGUAAAUAUUGUGUUUUCCAUAAGUGUAGUGAAAAAAUACAUGAUUGUUCUGCUAAUAAAGAUCUCUCAUCAUGAAGCUAA